GCGAGUCUAUAUUUAAUUAAAAAAUACAAUGAAAAAUCCGGAUAACAAAAACUGUGAAAAUAUUCAGAAAAACUAUUUGAGAGCAACAGACGAAACCCAUCGAUCUUACAUGGAAAACUUAAGCAUCGAUUUAAAUAAAAAUAAAUCAAAUAAACUUAAAUAUGGCAAUGUUAAUAAUCAGAAUCAACAGCCUACACUCGAAUUUUCCUUGUCCAGAUUCAGAGAUACAAAUAUACAGGUUCCGUUUACUAGACAUUCUAGCAUGCCAGAAAUAAAAACGCAUAAACCGAGAAAGACAACUCGAUCACGUCUUAUCAGUUGUCAAACAAGGCGACUAAAAAUAAUCCAGCAUAACCCUUUAGCAUCCAAGUUUAUUAUAAACAAAGUGUCUGAGCAUCGGUACAACAAAUAUCUUAAAGUCACCAAUUACCCGAGUCAAACUAAAUGGAAAGUGUACAGGUGUGAAUUGAACGACAACCAAGACAACAGUAGUUGUUCUUGUAAUUCUAAUGCUAUGUUGGAAGUAAUGAAGGAUAUGUAUUCACGGUUUAAAAACAAAAGAUAUGCUAACACGGCACCUACUAAUGGGCGAAGUGAAAAUAAGGAAUUAGAGCUCGAUAUACCCAGAUUAAAAGAAAAAACAGAAAAAAAUAAAAAUGCUGAAAAUACACCACAUGAUAAGAUGCUAGCAGAAAAAGAGAAUAUUUCAAGUGAAAAGUUUAUGGUGAAGCAAUCGUCAGAAAGAAAAACACCUCCGCUCAAAAAUUUCUUAAAUACAAUUAGAAAGGAGCGAAAAUUAUCAACAGAUCCAAAGUCAGGAUCUAGAAGAACUAAAAUACGUAAAUCUAAACCAUCCGGCAUUGACAAACCCCAAAUGUCUUUUGGUACUCCUGAAGAAAUAAUAUCGUCAGAGGAGACACUUAUUAGUAAUUUUCUAAAUGAAAUUAAGACUCCUUUGAAAAUAGAUUCCAAAAUGCUCCAAAAAGUAAGGGUGGUAGGACUCACAGACCCACUUGAAGGGAAGACUCCUGAACAAAAAGAAAAAAUAUUACGUUGCCUCAUAGUGCAUAGUAUUCCCCUGCCUGAUGGUAAAACAUCUUCUGAAAUAAAGGUGAUAGAUAAAAUUCGUAAAGAAGUAGGUUUACCUUUACAUCCUAAAACACAAAUUAUGAAAAAUAGGUACAUAGUUGCUGCUAAUACGGGCCUCAUGCAGCCAUUGGAAGGAAAAUCAGCAGAAGAAAAAAUAAAGAUUCUUCAAGGACUAGGAAAUUUAGGGAUUCCUUUACCAGAAGGUAGGACACCAUCAGAAAAAGCAUUAGUAACUAAAAUAAGAUUAAGAACGAAAGUCUUUUACAUUUCUGAUAGAUUAUCAGAAAAACUAAGAAAAGCAGAAGCUGCAGGUUUGCUGACACCACUCAAAGGAAAAACGGCUGAACAAAAGAAUAAUAUUUUAUCGAGUCUGGCUAUGCAGGGUAUUCCUCUUCCUGAGGGUCAAACGCCAUCAGAAAGAAAAUUUAUUGAGAAGGUGCGUGAUGACCUUGGUCUACCUGUUGAACCAAUAAAUAAAGCUAUCAGAGACAAACAUGAGCAAGCAGCUAGAACAGGAUUACUUUUACCGCUGGAAGGAAAAACAACAGAGGAAAAACAAAAAAUAUUAAUAGGUUUAUACAACAUGGGUAUACCGUUGCCAAGAGGCAGGACGCCUUCAGAGAAAAAUUAUAUAUCCACAAUAUUAUCAGCACCAAUCCAGCCAGGCCUUUUAACAAACUCAAAAAAGAAGAGUAAUCCUAAAUCUACUGGAUUUGCGCUCCUUGAAGGAAAAACAUCAACACAAAAAGUUAAAUUAUUAAAAGAGCUUGCAAUGCAUAAUAUUCCUUUGCCCGAAGCCAGAACACCGUCUGAGAUAAGGUUGAUUAAUAUGAUAUGCGCUCGACUUCCCCCAUUACCUAAGGAACUAACAAUGAAUGAAAGAUUUAUAAAAGCUGCUGAAACCGGUUUACUCGAUUUGCCUAAAGAAAAACCACAAGCUGAAAAAGACAAAGUCCUAUCUAGAUUAACUGAAUUAGGCAUAUCACUACCUGAAGAUUGCACGUCAUCAAAAAGCAUAUUGAUACAGAAAGCCAUAAAAGAACUGAGAAGACGAUCAUUAGAACAGUCAGUAGAAAAAGAAAACACAACCAAUGCCAAGUGUAACAGCAACGAUGAAGGCAUUAAAAAACCUUUACAAAUAAUACCUAAAACAAAAUUAAAAUCAAAAUUUCACCGAAUUAGAGAUUCCAAGAUUACAACGAAGCUUGAAGCGACAAUAACGCCUGACGAAAGUAAUAAAGUACCAACAUCUGAUAUCGACAACAAACUGCAAGAAGCUUUAGAGCAAAAGACUAAAAAUGAUUAUUUGAUAAUAUCAAAGCUAAAAAAAUUAAAAAAAGCGAAAGCUGCAAAUCUUUUUGCUAAUCUAGCCGGAAAGUCAAUUUCUGAAAAAGUAAAAUUAUUAAGAAGCAUCGUUGAAAGUGGUUUGCCAGUGCCUGAGGGUAAAACGGUAUCCGAAAAAGUCUUAAUAAGAAAAUUUAAGGCAGGAGCCGAUUUAUUACCUCACACAAAACCAUCAGAAAGGGUUGAGAAAAAAAAAGAAAAGAAAAUUGGCAUAUUAAAUUCAAAGAAAGUAGUGAAAGAGGACUCACCACAACAUUUGAAAGAUUAUAUUGGCUGCUCAUAUGAAAAGGAUCAAAUAGUUGAAAGUGAUAAGUUAUGUAUACAAACAAGUUUUCCUGAAUUUUCAGCACUCUAUACAGUACCUGGUGAACGUAGUCCUAGUGUUAGAAAUGAAACUUUCGCCGUCAGCGAAAGUCUUAGCGAAGGAAAAAGAGAUACAUGUAUAAGUGCUAUAGAUACACCGACACAUUCAAUCGUCUGUACUAACCGCAUGAUGCUUGAUGAAAUAAUGACAAGACUACACCACAGUGACCCGGUGUCCGACUAUUUCGGUAACUUCAGUGCAUCUCAAAAGUCCCGGUAUAAAGUUGAAACGUUUUGCAGUAAUUCUGGUAUAAAUUUAAGAGCCAAACUAUACUCGGCCAAAAGCGAAAAUUAUCAACAGAAUAGUUUAACGCCUUUUAAGCGGCAUACGAACAUUUCAGAAAGAAGAGAACCCAGUUCAGGUGACUUUAAAUCGACAGAUAGUGUUUAUAGAGAUCCAAACACACAGUCUGCAGCUGACACUUUAGAUUCUAUUGUAGUAAUAAAAAGUGAAACUUCAUUGUCCUUUAACUCCAGCCCAAGCAAUAGCAUGGAAACCGCCUGUAAGAUAUCUGAUAUGGGCAGUGGCAUCACAUCGUAUUCCUCAAAUUAUUCGAGUAUUCCAUCAACUGUCGACCUCAUGUGUGUAACUUCACUAGAAGAGCUUACAACAAGCUUGAAUAACAAGCUGAGAACCCAACCCGCAGUGAUUAACAAAAACAAAAAUCAAUUUAAUGCAACACAUCGUGAAUCUAUACAAGAAUUCACAAUAUUAAGAAUGUCUCAAACAAAUCUUCAACUCAAAAGCGAGGAAGGAAAAGCGAAGCAUUCAGCAGAACAUUUUACUAAGGAACCCGUGGUAGUUAUGGAUGAAUUUCCAAGUGAACUUGAUGUAUCAAAACUAAUGGAUAAAAUAAUGACUAAAAAGCGUUUUGCCGGCGCAUCAUCAAUAUUCAUAGUAGUACCAACGUCUGAUGAUGAAGAAGCAGAAAAUACUAGGAGGUUAAACUCCGCUACUAGUUUUCUAUCGAGUGAAUCUCCAUUGACAUCAAAAAGCACCAACGUGAAUAAAGGUAAGACUUUCAACGAUAUAAGUUUCUCAUUUUGUUUAUAA